UUCAGCCCAAACGAUGGAUUACCCAAAGCAGGCCCGGGCUCAAGCCUAAAGCCUUCAUAGCCCGGUCAAUGCUUCUUACCUGGCGCAUUGCCAUCUGCCGUCGUCUCUGAAACCCGCUGCCAUUGUUGCCUUCAAACAGCUUCACCUCGCUGGGUACAAUAGCAGAACCCAGGAGAAAAUGACAAAUGAGAUUACAACGAGUUGUGAGAUAGAUUAUGAUUGUGAAGAUUUUAAUAGUUCAAAGCGUCCAAAGAUGACAUCUAAAGUAUGGGAAGAAAUGCAGCGCAUUCAAACAACAGAAGGUAGUAAAGUUCUAUGUAAAUACUGUGGAAAGUUGUUACAAGAUAAUUGUGGAACUUCUCAUUUGAAGCGACAUUUGGUCAUAUGUCCCAAGCGACCAAAACCCGUUGGUGUUGUUACGCAAGAUUCAGUGUCUCCGGCAUAUCUUAAUGGUACCUAUAAUGCCAAAGAUUCUGGAUUAAGCAAUGCGCUUAUGGUACGUCCGUUAAAGGUCGAACCUCAAUCGCAAGUCAUAUGUUUUUCUCCUACUCCAAAUUAUAGAACUGAAGCUGUUACUCUUGCAUCCAUUGAUAAUGCUUCCAGUUCAAUUGUGGAACUAAAUCAUAAAAAGAGUUCCACUUUGUUACUGCAUAGCCUUGAAUCUCGUCAAAAUCAAGAGGAACUAUCUUUCGACGACGCAGAAAUGAAAGCGUUUUAUGCUUCUCUCGAUGUUGAGACCUCAUUUAAGUCACAUUCCCAAGAUACACUGGUCAUCACCGAAUCAUCGAACACUACUACACCUUGUGAAGAGACAAGCAAAGCAUUGAAAACACUGCAAGACCUUCUCUCGAAAGACUUCUCUGUUCUACUACAAACCAAACAGUGCGGUGCCAUGAAAUCUACGAUAGAAUACCUUUCCAAGAUGUCAUCAGUUAAGGGAAUCUCGGCAGAAAUGAAGUUGUUGAUAUUGGAAGUUUCAAGAGAAUUCACUCAGUGGAGUUGCGACUACAACAAUGCUAGUAAGAAGAUAGAGUUAGCUAGCUCCAACAUCACGAAAGCAGAUAAACUCGAAGAAAGUCUUGAAGCAAACAAGAACGAGUUCAAGGAAGUUUUAUCCUUAGAAAAUGAGUUGUGCAAGCAGCUAGCGACUUUGGAGCAAAGAAAGAAAGAACUAGAAGAUCAAAUAAAUGCGAUCAAAGCUAAUAUAUCCGUGUUUCAAUCGGCUAAGUUCACAACGGCGAAGAGAAAAAGGGAAGUUUUUGAAGAAGCCAAGACUCUCAAAGCACAAAGAGAUGCGUUGAGGGAGCAAGUUCCACAGUUGAAAGAUGAGAGGGAAAUGGCCAGGAAAAUCCAAGAAAAUAUUAAAGUUGAAUGGUUAAAGCUUGGAGAAAAAUUUAACAAAAGCUUAAAUGGGGUAAAUUCUGAAGACUUGGAUGGUAAAUCUAAAUCAUACAUUCAAGUUUGUUCAUCAGAAAAUUGCAUAUAAUAAAACUGAAUUUAAACUUUCAUAACAGCUCCAUGAUGAACUAAAAAAAGAGCUCUCAUAUUUGUAUGGUGAGAAAUGAAACAUUUUUUUCAAUUGAUUUUA